AUGAGUGACUGCUCAACUAAAUGGAUUGGCGCAAGUUUUUACUUUUACUGUAUCGGAAUCGUUCUUUCCGGCGCGAUUAACGGUGCCCUAAUUGGAUUCUUGAGGACAAAGAAAAGAUUCGCAAACUACAAGUAUCUUAUGUUGGCGUUUGCUGUGGCCGGACUAGUCUUUUCCGGUUGUAAUGUUGUUGUCAACCCGAAUAUCCAUAUGGGCCGCAAUUCGGUUAUCAUAUUCUCUCCUCAGAAAUACUCAAAACUACCAAAAAGAUUUGAAUCAAUUGGACUAUCAGCCUUUGUCGCUUGUUUUGGAAUGAUGAUUUCUUCUGUCUUCAUCCAAGUACUAUACAGAUAUACUUUUGUCACAAAUCCGUCAAGACUCGCUCAUCUUUUUUCUAAAAAAUCUUUCAUUCUCUGGACCCUGCUCAUCGUUUUCUAUUCUUCUCUCUUUGGAUGCUCAACUUAUUAUUUAUUGGGAGCGAGUGCUUCUAAGGACCAAACCACGAAUGAAGAAUUCAUGGCCAACGAUUGCAUGGAACCAGAUGAGUAUUCAUAUAUUGGAGCAGAGUAUUAUCAGAAGAAUAUUGGAACUAUUCGCUUCCAUCUUCCGUCCCUUAUUGGAUUACUCGUUUUAUCCCUCCUAAUGAUAAUUCCAAUCAUUCCAAUUGUGUUUAUUAUAUGCCGUAUGUUCCAAAUAUUCAAGGAACCUGGUGUACCAAUCUAUGCAUCCCGUAAGGUUCAACGAGAACUUGCCAAAAGUCUCUUAAUUCAAACAUUUCUUUACACACCAUUCAUUUUGAUGUUCGUAACUUUUAUGUUUGGCCUGCAAAUAUCAUUCUUGGUGUACCUGUUUACAAUUUUCGUUUCAAUCUAUCCAUGUAUCAAUUCGUUGGUAACCAUGAAGUAUGUCGCAGUACUGCGCGAAGAACUUUCCAAGUGCUUCUGCUUCAACAAAUGCCAUCGACAACGAGUGGAUAUUAUUGGUAGUUAUAUUGACAGAUCAGUCGCCUAUGUUAUGCAAGAAAUGGCCAUCCGUGAUGGAGCUCCUCUUCCAUAA